AACAAUUUUUAGGAAAGAGGAAAGCAAUAUGCAGUGAAGACUAAUGCAUUCUGUCUUUGCAUGGAAGGCAAGAAGCUUAUUUUUACAGGCAUACAGUAUCAGUUUUAAAGCAUAUUUCCCUUCAAUUACUUCAUUUUUCUUGGAAGCCCAUUUGCGCCAAAAAAAAAAAGAACCACAAAAAGUUAGGCAUGAUAAAAAAUAACAAUACUCAAAAUUCUAACAUACCAAGUCAAAAUUAUGAGAAAUUAAAGGGGUACUGGACUGACUUAAAACAUAAAUAUUAGUCAUUGCCAGCUCCACUGGUCCAGUCAACACAGGUGGCAGCAACGUGACAAAAAGGAGCAGUCAGCAGCAAGAUGGCAUGGUAGGCUAAACUGUGGGCUGUUUCCACUUUUUAUAUGUACUGUUGCAUAUUCUCUCAGCUUUACUGGGAGGUACAACUGUUGGUCAUUAGUAUAAGAAUAUAAAGAGAUGCUAUAGUGAAAAAUGUAAAUAAUUAACUGUUUUAGCAGCAACUGUUUUGUUUUUGUUUUAUUUUUUCUUAUUUGACAUUUCUGAUGAGGAAAAUUCCUGUUUAAACACUUUAAAGAGUGUUUAUUUGAUAUGAAGUGAAAUCAUGUUCAAGUAUGUUCAAUAACGACAAAUAACUUGUGUCUCUGAAGGUUGUAUAUAGAUGUAAGUUUGUGUUGAUAUGAUAAUACACCUUUAAUUAUUAUUUUAUGAGUCAUAGAGCUCAAGUCAGCCCAUUGUUUGGAAGGUUCCAUCCAUCAUAAUGACACCUUUAUGGUUCUGGAAUAAAACUCAACAGGAUUCUACAUUUGAGAACAUAUGAGCUCUGUAGAUCAUUUCAAUUAUCUUCACACUUUGAGUGCAGACGCAAAGAGACAUCCAGUGUUCAACUGUUUACAUUUUCAACAAAAUAUUUUUUACUACAAGCUUCAGCACCUCGCAGAGGCCAAGUGACGGCAUGUAUUACAUAGGUGACGAGGAGGCCAUGGCCAGACUAACAAUUAGUGAGAAAACACGACCACUUGACUGGCCAAAACAAAGACCUUAUAAAAGGAAAUGGGAAGCUGUUAAUCCAGCUGGUAUUAGAGGGCCAGUCAGCUUCGGUCCAGACAGAAAAAUGAGAAAAGUGGACCUAAGUGGAGAGCAGCCAAACCAAGUCGUUCUGUCUGUGACAGACAGAAAUACACCUGAGGCCAAAGAGAAGGAGGCUCCCUGUGUGAGGAGCUUUAGUACUGGUCGCUCUAGGGCCGUUGGGGAAUCCGUCAGAGUCCAGCAGACUUUGCCGCUGAGGAUUCCACCGGAGGCCCAAGAGAAGAUGGAUAUCCCUAUGAGGAGUCCCAGUCCCGCCAAAUGCUCCAAGGGCACCGGCGGGGAGUCCACCAGAGUCAAGCAGACUCUAAUAAAAGAUGCCAGACUCUGGUGGACCACAGUUGUGGAGGCUCAAAGAAAGCCGAAGGCACAACAAAGACCUUCCUAUAAAAGGAAAUUGGAGGCUGUUAAUCCAGCUGGUAUUAGAAGUAGUCCAGACAGCCUCCGUCCAGACAAAAAGAUAAGAGUGGAUACACCUGAGGCCAAAGAGAAGGAGGCUCCCUGUGUGAGGAGCUUUAGUACUGGUCGCUCUAGGGCCGUUGGGGAAUCCGUCAGAGUCCAGCAGACGUUGCCGCUGAGGAUUCCACUGGAGGCCCAAGAGAAGAUGGAUAUCCCUAUGAGGAGUCCCAGUCCCGCCAAAUGCUCCAAGGGCACCGGCGGGGAGUCCACCAGAGUUAAGCUGACUCUAAUAAAAGAUGCCAGACUCUGGUGGACCACAGUUGUGGAGGCUCAAAGAAAGUCGAAGGCCCAACAAAGACCUUCCUAUAAAAGGAAAUUGGAGGCUGUUAAUCCAGCUGGUAUUAGAAGGCCAGUCAGCGUCGGCCCAGACAGAAAAAGGAGAAGAGUGGACCUAAGUGGAGAGCAGCCAAACCGAGUCGUUCUGUCUGUGACAGACAGAAAUACACCUGAGGCCAAAGAGAAGGAGGCUCCCUGUGUGAGGAGCUUUAGUACUGGUCGCUCCAGGGCCGUUGGGGAAUCCGUCAGAGUCCAGCAGACGUUGCCGCUGAGGAUUCCACUGGAGGCCCAAGAGAAGAUGGAUAUCCCUAUGAGGAGUCCCAGUCCCGCCAAAUGCUCCAAGGGCACCGGCGGGGAGUCCACCAGAGUCAAGCAGACUCUAAUAAAAGAUGCCAGACUCUGGUGGACCACAGUUGUGGAGGCUCAAAGAAAGCCGAAGGCACAACAAAGACCUUCCUAUAAAAGGACAUUGGAGGCUGUUAAUCCAGCUGGUAUUAGAAGUAGGCCAGACAGACUCUGUCCAUACAAAAAGAUAAGAGUGAAUACACCUGAGGCCAAAGAGAAGGAGGCUCCCUGUGUGAGGAGCUUUAGUACUGGUCGCUCCAGGGCUGUGGGGGAAUCUGUCAGAGUCCAGCAGACGUUGCCACUGAGGAUUUCACCGGAGGCCCAAGAGAAGAUGGAUAUCCCUAUGAGGAGUCCCAGUCCCACCAAAUGCUCCAAGGGCACCGGUGGAAAGCCCACAAGAGUCAAGCGGAAUCUGAUAGAAGGCUUGGAAGCCCAACAAAGACCUCUGAAUAAAAGGAAAUGGAAGGCUGUUAAUCCGGCCAACAUCAGAAGCCCAGACAGCCUCCAUCUAGACAGAAAGAGAAGAGUGGACCUAAGUGGAGAGCAGACAAACAGAGACGACAAAUCUUUGGUUGUCAUCCCACAACGAAAAAACAGAGCAGGAAGAAGAAACAGGAGAGGCAAAGGAAAUCCUACACAGGGUGCAGAGGAAUGCCGACACCCAGAAUACCCUGUUCAUGACGUGAAAAAGACCUGGAGAGGAAGGAGAACAAAUGAGAAGUGUGAACUACUGUCUCCUACUGAGAGACGCAGGUCAUUCUUUGACAAAAGGGGAAAAACUGGACGAAAAAUGGACAGCACGCCAGCUUGCCGUCGCUUCAGACCCUCUCACCAAAGAGAGCAAAAUGGACUGCAUUUCAGAAGAUGGAUAAACCCACAUAACAUGCAUGUCACUGUUCAGUCUUCAUGAGAUAAUUAAAUGAAUGAAAUAAAUGUCAUUUGUUGAUAUUCCCUUAACUAAUGUGUCUCACUAUUCAUUGGUGUCUCUGCUCAUUUACAGUUUCUAAUGUGUCCACCUUUUAAAGACACUUCUAUUUAAUUUAAAAUAUACCUCUUUGUAAUUUAAAGAUAUGCAGAAAAUGAACCAUACAAAAAAAAAUGUAUUGGCCAGACUAGAGCAUAACGCAGGGUUCAGACAGGAGGCGGAAGCACCCCAAUAUAUCAACUCUCACGCAAGCAGUAGCCUGGCUUUUCACACCAGACGUGCAUUUCUACGGGGGGAAUCAAAACUCCAGGAGUGGGGAGAGGGGCAGGAAAAUCAAAAGGGUUGGCAAGCUUUGGAUGCAUAGUAUGAAAGAUAUGGGCAUUUACCAGGCAGGAUAGGUCAAAUGAAAGAAGGCUACUGAGAUGCAUUAAAGGAAAUGCAGGAUCAAGUGUUUUUGAGGCUUGACUUCAGAAUCAGAAUCAGAAAUACUUUAUUGAUCCCCGAAGGGAAACUCUUUGUUACAGCAGCUCGCCUUUACGUCAGUGCACACAGGAGAAAGUACUAGCAAAAAAUAUAAUACAA